UUUUUUUAAUGUCAUUUUAGUACAGUUAGCUCGUGCACCUAAAGGAAUACGUAACACACCUUGAGUGCGCCGAGGUUAACAGCAUCUGGCGCCGGGCUGUGCCGGGUCAGCGAUGUAAUAUGAGUGUGAACCGAAGUUACGCCGCAUAGCCUGGAACAGAAAGUUGAAGUGAAACUACCGUGUGAGUGGGCUACCAUGGAACAAGUCAGUAAAGAAACCAAGACUAACCCGGAGGCGACGGCCAGCCUUUUGUCCAAGAUAUUAUUCUGGUGGCUCAACCCUUUGUUUCACACCGGAUACAAACGCAAGUUGGAGGAAGAUGACAUGUACGAAGUGCUCACGGAGGACAGGUCGGAGAAACUGGGGGAGGAUCUGCAGAGAUUCUGGGAUCUUGAGAUCCUGAAGGCUACCAAAGAGCUGCGGCCGCCUACACUCUCCAAAAGCAUCAUUCAGUGCUACUGGAAACCAUAUGCAGUGCUGGGAUUCUUUACUCUCAUUGAAGAGGUCAUCAAAGUGAUCCAGCCAGUUUUCUUGGGCAAGAUAAUUAGAUACUUUGAGGACUACGACCCAGCAAACAUGAGGGCUCUGUACGAUACUCUCGGCUACGCGGCCGGCUUGUCCAUCUGCGCCCUCUUCCUGGCCUUGCUCCACCACCUCUACUUCUACCACGUGCAGAGGACCGGCAUGAAGAUCAGAGUGGCCAUGUGUCACAUGAUCUACAGCAAGGCUCUGCGUCUCAGCAGUUCAGCCAUGGGAAAAACCACCACAGGCCAGAUUGUCAACCUCCUCUCCAAUGACGUCAACAAGUUUGAUGAUGUGACCAUCUUCCUGCACUUCCUGUGGGUGGGGCCCCUCCAGGCAGCGACGGUCGUGGGACUGCUGUGGUUGGAGAUCGGUCCAUCGUGCUUGGCAGGCAUGGUGGUCCUCAUGAUCCUGAUGCCAAUGCAAACCAUGUUUGGCAGACUCUUUUCUAAGUUCAGGAGCAAGACGGCUGUUCUCACUGACGACCGGAUCCGCACAAUGAACGAGGUGGUGUCUGGGAUGAGGAUCAUCAAGAUGUACGCCUGGGAGAAACCCUUCGCCGCUCUGGUCUCUGAGGUCAGAAGGAAGGAGAUCUCUAAGAUCAUGAAGAGCUCCUACCUCCGAGGCCUCAACAUGGCCUCGUUCUUCUGCGCCAGCAAGAUCAUCCUCUUCAUCACCUUCACCCUCUACGUCCUCCUGGGAAAUACCAUCUCAGCCAGCCGCGUGUUUGUGACGGUGGCGCUGUACACGGCAGUGCGACUCACCGUGACGCUCUUCUUCCCUAAUGCCAUCGAGAAGCUAUUUGAGACCCGCGUCAGCAUCCGCAGGAUUCAGGAGUUCUUGAUGCUGGAUGAGAUCACCAAAAACCCCAUCGCACUGCCACAGGAUGAGAGGAAGGAGGCCUCAGUGGAGAUUCAGGACCUGGUCUGCUACUGGGACAAGAGUCUGGAUGCUCCAUCUCUGCAGAACCUCUCGUUCACUCUGAACUCUAAUCAGCUGUUGGCUGUAAUUGGACCAGUGGGAGCUGGAAAGUCAUCACUGUUGAGCACCAUCUUGGGAGAGCUGCCCUACGAAAAGGGGGUGCUGAAGGUCAAAGGUCAGCUGACGUACGCCGCCCAGCAGCCCUGGGUGUUCCCCGGAACCAUCCGCAGCAACAUCCUGUUCGGGAAAGAGCUCAACUCCCAGAAGUAUGAGAGAGUCCUCCGAGCCUGCGCUCUAAAGAGGGACCUGGAGCUGCUCCCAGACGGAGACCUGACACCGAUCGGGGACAGAGGAGCCACACUCAGCGGGGGACAGAAAGCUCGAGUCAACCUGGCGAGGGCCGUGUAUCAAGAUGCAGACAUCUACCUCCUGGACGACCCUUUGAGCGCUGUGGAUGCCGAGGUCGGGAGACACCUCUUUGAACAGUGCAUCUGUGGCCUGCUGAAGAACAAGCCUCGUAUCCUGGUCACCCACCAGCUGCAGUACCUGCAGGCGACCGACCAGAUUAUUGUCCUCAAGGAGGGUCACAUGGUGGGAAAGGGGACGUAUGCAGAGCUACAGCGGUCUGGAGUGGACUUUACCUCCCUGCUGAAGGAGGAGGAGGAGCAGCAGCCUUCUCAGGACGUCCACGUCAGGAGCAGAACUCUGUCCGAGAACUCUCAGGCCUCGUCUGUGUACUCGGUCAAAGAUGGAGAGCAGUUACCGGCAGAGACGGUGCAGACUGUUGUAGAGGAGAGUCGCGCUGAGGGAAACAUUGGAGUGAGUCUGUAUGUGAAAUACCUGAAGGCCGGAGCCAGCGUGACGGUUCUGCUGUUGGUCAUACUGAUCAACAUUCUGGCUCAGGUAGCGUACAUCAUGCAGGACUGGUGGCUGGCUCACUGGGCCGACGAGCAGGGAAAGCUGAACGACGUCGUCCAAAACGUCACCGCAGAGCAAAACGGACAAAACGUCACCGCAGAGCAAAACGGACGAAACGUCACCGCAGAGCUGGAUACAACUUUCUACCUGGGCAUUUACGGAGGUUUGACUGCAGCCACCGUUAUUUUCGGCUUCAUCAGGAACAUGGCGCUGUUCAACGUGCUGGUGAAGUCCGCGCAGUCUCUGCACAACCGCAUGUUCAACGCCAUACUCGGAACACCCGUGCGCUUCUUUGACGUCAAUCCCAUCGGAAGAGUCUUAAACCGGUUUUCAAAGGACAUUGGCCAGCUGGAUUCUAACAUGCCGUGGACCUUUGUGGAUUUCAUUCAGGUGUUCCUGCAGAUCCUCGGAGUGAUUGCCGUGGCGGUGUCGGUGAUCCCCUGGAUCCUCAUCCCUGUUGUUCCCCUCCUCCUCUUCUUCCUCUACCUGCGUCGCUACUUCCUGCGGACCUCCAGAAACAUCAAGCGCCUCGAGUCCACCACUCGGAGUCCAGUGUUCUCCCACCUGUCGUCGUCUCUCCAGGGCUUGUGGACGAUCCGAGCCUUCGGAGCCGAGGAGAGGUUCCGGAAAAUCUUCGACGCCCACCAGGACCUUCACUCAGAGGCCUGGUUCCUGUUCCUGACCACCUCUCGCUGGUUCGCCGUCCGUCUGGACGGCAUAUGCGCCAUCUUUGUUACCAUCACCACCUUUGGCUGCCUGCUGCUCAGAAACCAGCUGGACGCCGGCUCCGUCGGUCUGGCUCUGACAUACUCUGUCACAUUGAUGGGCAUGUUCCAGUGGGGGGUCAGGCAGAGCGCAGAGGUGGAGAACAUGAUGACGUCGGUGGAGAGGGUGGUGGAGUACACAGAGCUGGAGAGCGAAGCCCCCUGGGAAACUGAGAAGCGACCUCCUCCCGAUUGGCCCAGCAAAGGCCUGGUGACCUUCGACCGGGUCAACUUUUCCUACGGACCCAAAGGGCCACCGGUGCUGCGGAAUGUGACGGCAACGUUCAGACCGAAAGAGAAGGUGGGGAUCGUAGGCAGGACCGGUGCAGGGAAAAGCUCUCUGGUGUCGGCUCUCUUCCGCCUUGCGGAGCCUCAAGGUAAGAUCUACAUCGAUGGCAUUCUGAGCUCUGAGAUCGGCCUCCACGACCUGCGCCAGAAGAUGUCCAUCAUUCCUCAGGACCCGGUGCUGUUUACAGGCUCCAUGAGGAAGAACCUGGACCCUUUCAGCCAGCACUCUGACGAGGAACUGUGGAAUGCUCUGGAGGAGGUGCAGCUCAAGUCGGCGGUUGAGGAGCUGCCCGGGAAGCUGGAGACGGUCCUGGCCGAGUCGGGCUCCAACUUCAGCGUGGGCCAGAGGCAGCUGGUGUGCCUGGCCAGAGCCGUCCUGAGGAAGAAUCGCAUCCUCGUCAUCGACGAGGCCACGGCCAACGUGGACCCCAGGACGGACGAACUGAUCCAGAAAACCAUCCGGGACAAGUUCAGAGAAUGCACCGUGUUCACCAUCGCUCAUCGUCUCAACACCAUCGUGGACAGCGACAGGAUACUGGUUCUAGACGCAGGGAAAAUUCACGCCUACGAUACGCCUUACGCCCUGCUCCAAGACCCGGAAGGCAUCUUUUAUAAAAUGGUGCUGCAGACCGGCAAGCAGGAGGCCGCAGCUCUGCUAGAGGCGGCCAAACGGGCGUACGACAGCAGAAGCCACCCCGACGUCUCCAACGGACACGCGGAAACGGCAGACGGUAACAUGGUCAUCUUCGAGACGGCUCUGUGAGCUCGGGGGCGCUCUGACUUGACAAAGUGCCCUGACUCACCCUCCGGCCCGACGGAGAGGGGAUCCAAAGAGCCGAGUGAGCACUGACGGAGCUCAGAAAUCACCGCUGUACAAAAUGUUGAAAAAGAUCUUAUUUAUUUUCCACGCUUCGUAUUUAUCGUAUGCCGACAAAUUGCCGCGCAGUAUACCGACGCCUUGGAUAAAUUGCUUUUAAAUGGCCGCGUAAUCCUUACGAAACUCAAAGUGCCUUAUUUCACGUCAAUUUAACGACGACAGUGUAGGAUCUAUCCAAAGUUGCCUUGCGUUUGCGAGUACGGGUAGCAUUGUUGCGCGCGAUUGAUGAUUGCCACACGGAACAGGUUACUCGGCGGCGUUUCUGCAAUCUCACUAAAAAUCCUUUUUGUAUGUGAAUGUAAAAUGUGCUCGUCUAUAAAUGUUUAGGUCUUUAGCAUUACAUUUCCUUUUUAUACCGUUCCUAUUCACUCCGCUGAUUUAAGUGUUUACAGGGUCGAGCAAUCUGAACACGGCCGAGUGUGUCAAAUUAAUUUCUGUUCAAAUGAUUUUAAAUUGUUUUAGUUUUUUGGCCAUUUCAAAUGUGUCGUGACUUUGUGAAUCCUUUUGUAAUUUCAUUGUUGUCCUGAUGCUGGAAUAAAAACAUCAAAUGUU